CUUGUUCAGCACCCAAAGUCGAAGGAUAGCUCUGGCCUUUCAAUGGAAGAAAGUGCUAGAUUUGUCACUGUUGUAUAAUAUAACGAAUUCUCAGUGUCCAUAUUUGUUUGGGAGCGAUCGGAAUUGUCUUCAGAUAUUGUGAGAGACAGAACUGGCGUCAAACAUGCGUAAAAAUCAACGCUGUCCAAGCAGGGGACCACCGAGAAAGGAAUUAUCGCCGCUCGUCUGAGGCCAAUCUCGAUUAUUUUUUUUUUCAAAUAAGGAAACAUAACACAGCUAGCCAGCUAACGUUAGCUCCCCAGAUAGCUUAGGUUAACGACAUAUCUUCACAGAGAAAGCGGCGUCUCCCAACACCAUCAAGAUUGGAUCUACAUUCGCACAGCAGCAGGAAAACGAUUGUGUUCUGUCCAACACAAAACCAAACUAUAGGCAGCAAUGGGUGCGUUCCUGGACAAGCCGAAGACGGAGAAACACAGUGCCCACGGCGAGGGCAAUGGGCUGCGCUAUGGCCUGAGCUCCAUGCAGGGCUGGCGGGUGGAAAUGGAGGACGCCCACACGGCCGUGGUGGGCCUCCCCCAUGGACUCACCGACUGGUCCUUCUUUGCCGUCUACGACGGCCACGCGGGCUCCCGGGUGGCCAACUACUGCUCCGGCCACCUGCUGGAGCACAUCCUGUCGGGCGGGGCCGUGUUCGGCUCGGGCCCGGGCUCGGUGGAGGGCGUGAAGGACGGUAUCCGCUCGGGCUUCCUGAACAUUGACGAGUACAUGCGCAGCUUCUCCGACCUGCGGCAGGGCCUGGACCGCAGCGGCUCGACGGCCGUGUGCGUGCUGCUCAGCCCCACCCACCUCUACUUCAUUAACUGCGGCGACUCGCGGGCCGUGCUGAGUCGAGACAACAAGGUGGGCUUUUCGACCCAGGACCACAAGCCCUGCAACCCCCGCGAAAAGGAGCGCAUCCAGAAUGCUGGCGGCUCGGUCAUGAUUCAGAGGGUAAACGGCUCCCUGGCUGUGUCCCGGGCCCUCGGGGACUACGACUACAAAUGUGUGGACGGUAAGGGCCCCACAGAGCAGCUGGUGAGCCCGGAGCCCGAGGUGUGCGUGCUGGAGCGGGCGGCCGAAGGCGACGAGUUUGUCGUUCUGGCGUGCGACGGGAUCUGGGACGUCAUGUCCAACGAGGAGCUGUGCGAGUUCGUCCGCUCUCGACUGCAAGUGUGCGACGACCUGGAGAAGGUGUGCAACUCGGUGGUAGACACCUGUCUGCAUAAGGGGAGCAGGGACAACAUGAGCGUGGUGUUGGUGUGUUUACCCGGAGCGCCCAAGAUCUCCGAGGAGGCCGUGAAGAAGGAAGAGGAAUUGGAUAAAUACCUGGAAACCCGUGUCGAGGAGCUCCUGUCGAACUCUGGAGAGGCUGGAGUCCCUGACCUGGUGUCUGUCCUGAGGAGCAUUGCCACAGAGAACAUCCCCAACCUUCCACCUGGCGGAGGCCUGGCGAGCAAGCGGAGUGUGAUCGAGGCUGUGUACAACAAGCUGAACCCUCACAGAGAAGAGGAAGGGGCCUGUGCGGGGGGAGAGGAGGAGGAGGAGGAGAGUGAGGAGGGAGGUGGCAGCACGGCGGCUCAUCUGCUGGAGGCUCUGCGGCAGUUCCGCCUGCACCACCGAGGGCAGUACCGCUCGGUGCUGGAGGAGUCCCUGGCCGCCUACAGCCUGCGAGGGGAGGGCGCUGCCGAGCAAGGAGCAGGGGACGGCGGGAGGAGCCCCGGCGACCACCACCACCACCACCACCGCCACCGCCACCACGACGGCCAGGAGACCUCCGCCUCCCCUCCCUCUCCCCCUUCACCCCAGCCUUCACCUGCCACUGCAGAGCCGGAGGCCAGCCGAGAUGCGCCUGCCCCCAAGUCUGAUUGAUCCCUCCUGCGACCGAGCACCCGCCUGCAUUGCCCCCCCUCCACCCACCCACUACUCCACCCCACCCCAAAGCAAAGCUCUAGUGAGGCGUGCUAUGACCUCUCCUCCUCCUCCUCUUCCCCUUAUCACAGAACUUGAAUGAACUUGUUGGCCAGUUCCAGCUCGAUUGUGUUUAUUCGUUUACGAUAAGUCACUCAGUAGAGUUUAAAAAAAAAAGAAAGAAAAGAAAAGGCUUUCUAGUCUGUUCAAGUUCUGUCCUCAAGACACAAAUUCAAACUCUUUCUUUCCUCUUUUUCUUUAUUCCGUUUCCUGACCACCUUGGCUUGGAUCCCCAAACUUGCCAGUCAUCCUGUCAGCUCGGCCACGCAGACUGAUGUUUACAACAGGAGACAAGCGCUCGAAAAUUCAUUAUUCCACGCUCAAAGUGGCUGGGGAAGCCAAAGUGAACCUCGCAUUCUCUGGCCUCCAUUUACCGGUUUCCUGCUUCUGGCUGACCCUCCCUUCUCAGCUCCCAGCCUCACCGCCCACAGAGCUGCGUUCAGCAGAACAACUGACUCAGACGAGGCGAGGAGACGCUGAACUCCAGCUGUGCAGCGCACUGCACCGUCUCCAGGCCCACUCCAUCCGCAGACUCAGAACACACUCUUUUUUUGUGUAUAUAUGUGUGUUUGUAUGUCUGUUUGCGCGCGCGCGUGUGUGUGUGUGUCUGCAUGAAUUUGAGAGACCGAGCAGGAGACCAAUCAUCACUACUGAAAGUUAUACCCAGUCGUCAGCAUGCUCUGCGAUGCUCAAACCCAUCAGUGUCCUCUGCACCACCUCUAUCCAUCACAUCACCCUCUCAGUGCUCCUGGUUUGGAGCAAUAUGUCAUGUAAAGUUGCACUUGUGCCACUGUCACUUUUGAACUCCUUCAAAUUGCCGAACGUAUGGAAAAGUGUUGCGAAAAUAUUCACGCCAGUUUUAGAAGAAAAGAUCCAGUUUUUCACGAAAUGUUGACUCAUUACCGCGGUGAGACUUUUCUUCGAGGUGGAACAGCACAUCUGACUCAGGGCUCCACCGUGUCGUCAGGCUUACGGUUAUUUUCAAAAACUUUGGUUUGCAAAUUUCAGAUUACGAGCUGCCGCUGGCAGCCUGUCAUCGUAAGCGUUCAAAUCGGCGUGGCUCCACUAGAGUGCAGCAAUCAGAUCAGUCGUUAUUCACUUCUGUCUCUUAUGUUAUUUCUUAAACGGUCUUACCCAGUGUAUGUAGUUGAAAGACAUUUAACAGAGGUCGUAUUGGAUGUUUAUCACUAAGCCCUUCAAAUUGAUAUUCAUUGGACCAUUUUGCUUUUCCACAUUUCAAACUUGAAUAUAUAUUAUUAAUCAUGUUAGAUGGAUAAUUUGUUAGCAUUUGCUUCCAGGUGUUUCCUCAACUUAGUGGCUCCAGAAUAAUCCAGUCUCACACACACAUAUCGGAGUGAACACAGCAGUUUCGUCAUCAGACUCCACCGCUGGCGUUGGAGCGGUGAUGUCCAGUCGAGGCCUUAAAUAGCAGGUUUAGCGCAGUAAACUUGACGCCCGUGUAGCCGUAACUACUUUACACUGCCGCUGAAACAUUAAUGAACCCACUUUAACGGAUGUUCUCUUUACUCAAAGCCGAGUCUCACAGCUUGAUGAAAGCCCCCGUGCACCUCGCCGCGCUCCUCGCAGGUUCUGACGCCGCCUGUUCAGAACGACACCGUCUCCAACACUUACCUCAUUGCGAAAAGACGGAUGCAAACGGUGCCGCUUACCGCCGCGUUCAUUCUCCUUCAGAAGCAGGUAGAGGCAGGGGAUUGUGAGCCCGUGUAAACCCAGAGGCUGGCAACGCAUGCGCUACACUUCUUCUCAAUAUCUAAAGCACUUACCUACCGGGAGGGGAGGUUAAGCUGAACACCGUGUGUGUGUGUGUGUGUGUGUGUGUGUGUGUGUCUGUGUGUGUAUGAGUUGUAUUUGUAUGCCGUUGCGUGGGACACAUCGGUCCUGCAAGUGACAAACGAACAAAUAAAAAGGAUCUGAGGUGCAACGCUACCAUUUGUGUCGAGUGUUUGAGUAUCCUCCCCCCCCCCCCAGCGCAGGCUGACUGUAGCUCGGGUUGUUGGCUCUGUACCAAAUCCGUCACCGAGCAAAUGUGUCGGAGCAGCGGCCUGAUGGCACCGACAAAUCCUGGAAAACGUAAUGUGGUGGCAUUUGAUACAGGGCCAUUCCCUGACACCUGUAGGAGAGGCUUUCAAUGUCCUUCCUCCUCCAACCUGUUGUAUCUGUGUCUGUGUAGGCUGUGGAGUUUGUUUUUUUGUUUUUUUUUCUUUAAUCCUUUCUUUUUUUUAUUUAUUUUGGAAACCGCUAUAGCAGAAAAUAAAUCCUCACCUUCCUCGCUCUCCUCUGUCAGCUUUUAGCCCCAGCGCAGACUCAUAAUUUCAUCUGCUUAAUCUGUCGUCUCCUUCGAAUCAGUAGCAGCCCUCAGGUAGGAGACCCCUUCAGAAUAAGAGCUGGCAGCACGGAGCGAGGGGGGGAGCUGCGUAGACUGUAGGCAGCCCAUUCUCUCCGCUCCUCCCCUGUUUUUCAGUCCGACAGCUGGCCUGGUGAUUCCCCGCAAGGUGAGUCAUCAGACAGGCCGGACAGGGGUAAUAUCACCGUCACCCACUCGAGUAGAUGUAAAAAUAAGACAAAAAAAGAGGGCUGGGGUUCAAACUCUGCCCUGGUUUAAGGCAUCGGGAGCAGCAUCUUAAAGUAACUUCUGCUUGUGGUGAACGACGCCCGGCCUGACGCACAACUCUCCCCAUCUCUCUCCUCUCUGCUCACCCAGAGUGCCGGCGAGCUGGAUGACCCCUGGUAGCCGUGGCAACAACACCCCCCCCCCCUCCCGUCUCCUCCUGGUGAAGUGUGCAGCCACGCCGGAGGAGGAGGAGUCUCUCUCUCUCUUUCUCUCUCUUUCUCUCUCUCUCUCUGAUUCUCUCUCUCUCUCCAUUGCACCAUGUCUUUCUCCACUAAAAGAGGACAUGCGGUGUGUGCUGGAGUGCGUGAGUGUGCGUAUGUUGGUCGUGCAUGUGUGUGAGUGUUUGCAGCUGUGGGACAAAGACAACUUACACACACACACACACACACACGCGCGCACGCAUACUGCUUUAAACCUGGAGGAAAUACAAGAAUCACUUUUCAGAAAUGUCAAGAUUUUAUGAACUGAAACAUUGUGAUGGUAGACAUGAUUUUUACCAUUGACGUGUGUUUUUUGUUUUUGUUUUUUUUUUUGUUUUUUCCUUUUCUUGAAUGUUGACAUUGAACACCUGACUUCACAAUGACAUGAGGACCUAUUGUGUGUGUGUGUGUGUGUGUGUGUGUGUGUGUGUGUGUGUGUGUGUGUGUGUGCGUUUGUGUGUGUGUGUGUGCGAGAUGCAGUUUGUGGGUGAGUGUGUUGUGGAAGAGGGCCAAGAGGAGACAGGCGGUGGAUAAAGACUUUCUAUGUAAUUCUUUUUCUCCUGGACAUUUUAUUUUAUUUUUUUUAUUUUUUUUCUUCUUCUCGUGCUCCCGGGUCUGAUAAUUGCCUAACACCCUCGCUUCUUCCCCCCUCUUUUAAAGACACACCCACGAACACACACUCUCUAACACACACACACACACA